GCGGAGUCGGAGCGCCGAGCACCCUCCCCACGGUGUUUUUAUGGAGCAGCGCCCGGCUCAAGUCGGAAAGAGGCUGGAAUAACUGCGCGCCAAGGGCUCCCGCUGUGGGGUGAUGCUACAAGAAGCCCGGAAUGCCUUAUGUGGAUCGACAGAAUCGUAUCUGUGGGUUUCUAGACAUUGAAGAAAAUGAGACCUGCGGCAAGUUUCUGCGAAGAUAUUUCAUCCUGGACACUCAGGCCAAUUGUCUCCUGUGGUAUAUGGACAACCCCCAGAAUCUGGCUCUCGGGUCAAGAGCUGUCGGAUCUUUGCAGCUAACCUAUAUAUCCAAGGUCAGCGUCGCCACCCCGAAACAAAAACCGAAAGUCCCGUUCUGCUUUGUUAUCAAUGCUUUAUCUCAGCGCUAUUUCUUACAAGCCAGCGAUCAAAAGGACCUACAGGACUGGGUGGAGGCUCUGAACCGUGCCAGCAAGAUUACGGUGCCAAAGAGUGGUAGUUUGCCCCCAGCCACAGAGAUUACAAAGCCCCCCAUUGCACCCCAGACCCAGGAGAAGAAACCACAGGUGGCCUACAAAACUGAGAUCAUUGGAGGGGUGGUUGUGCAUACACCUAUCUCUGUCAAUCAGAAUGGAGGGGAAGGCACAGAUGGAGGCGACGUGGCCACUCACCCUCUUCUGAGACGCUCCCAGAGCUGCGUACCCACCUCUGCCUCCAAGCCGUCCACAGGGCCACCCAUCCUCAAGAGCGGCUACUGCGUGAAGCAGGGGAAUGUGAGGAAGAGCUGGAAACGCCGGUACUUUGCUCUUGACGACUUUACCAUCAGUUAUUUCAAGUGCGAGCAGGACAAGGACCCCUUGCGUUCGAUCCUCCUCAAGGAUGUCCUCAAAACCCACGAAUGUCUAGUCAAAUCUGGUGACCUUCUCAUGCGGGACAAUCUGUUUGAAAUCACAACGAGCUCUAGGACAUUCUACAUCCAGGCAGACAGCCCUGAAGAUAUGCACAGCUGGAUCAAAGCAAUCACAGAGGCGAUGCAGGCUCUGAAAAGCCGCCCAAGGGAAAUGUCCUUCGCAAGAUCCAUUUCUUCUAUGAGCAGGCCUGGGUGCUCCAAUCUUUCAAGCUCCUUGAUCCCCUCCUUGCCCCGAAUGAGACAGCCCGGGGAUGAGAGGAAAGCACUCUGCAAAACCCCUUCUACCCCAUCCUGGCAGCCUUGGACACCAGUGCCGCAGCCAGGAGGGAAGCAGCCCAUGAUAGAGGAGAUGACCAGGCAUAUGAGAGACUCAGUGUUUGUGCCCUCGUUCACAGAGUGUGAUGCUGGAGCCAUGCAGCAGAGGCGUGUACGGCACAGAUCUGAACCCCAGCACAUUAAAGAGAAGCCAUUUGUGUUUAACCUGGAUGACGACAACAUCCGGACCUCUGAUGUGUAACCAAACCCAGGCUCUUUUUGCCUUCAGUUGGUUUUUGUUUUUUUAAAUGAUGAACUCUGUUGAUAGCAGUUUAAUGCAAAGGUACCUUGAUUCUACCCCAGCCACAUGUAGUGGUAUCAGCUAGCCCGAGCCAGCAUAGUGCGCCACUUGUGUAAUAACCAUUGCAAUGUGAUGUACUCCGUCUGCUGAAACAGAGCAGAGUUUGGACUGGAAGAGCUGGUCUCCUCAGUACAAGUGUGGAUACGUGUGCUGAGUGCAUUGAGCCAGAUUAAUCUCUGGUGAAACUCCAUUUAAUUAUCCAAGAUGAAUUUGUCCUGUUUUUGCCAACUCUCUCCAGUGAUAUACGCUUUAGGUAGAACCACUUCCCUUGGUAGUGUUGCUUUCCCAGAAAAGGAAGUGGAGGUCACAUAUUUCUAACAGUUCCCCUCUUCCCCACCCCUCCACCGAAAGCCCACCUUUAACAGCCCAGUUUCUUUCUGUACCACCAGGCUGCCAGUGGUGAGCAUGAGAACUGAAGCAGCUGCUGGAGGAAGGCAAUGAGAACUGUCAGUAGCAAAGGCAGCCCUUUGUUUUAUUAGGAGGACAUCACUGUGACUUGGUGAUCUUAAACCCAUUUUGUGCUCACUUUGUGCAGGCAUAAAUGACGACCACACAUGGUGUAAAUUGGAAAGCAUCAGCGCCCAGUGCCUAAGCUGACAAAACAGCACUACCUUUAGCAAAUACCGUGGUUCUGAAUUCUUGGGAAUCAUGCAGGAAAUAUAGGACAAGAUAUUGUCAAAGGCACAGAGGGCAGUUAGGUGCCCAGUUCUCAUUGACUUUCAGUAGGAGGUGGAUGCUUAACUCUCCCAUACAGGCCAAAAAGGAAUGAAUGAGUCACACUAGGAAAUCUGCUGUGUUUGUAAAAAGAAAGAACACUGCAACUUUAAAACUGGCUUCCUAGGAGACCAGCUCUUCACAGUGGCCAACUAACAAUGUAUUAACAAAUCUAUUUUCUUUGUAGUAACUCCUUUUCUAGCCAGGGCCUUUACAUGACGUCAGACUCUGGAAAAAGCUCCUUGUUCAGACCUAUGUAACACUUCAUGCAUUGAUGAUAACAAACAUGUUUCUUGGUAUAUUUAUAUUUUUUUAAAAAUGUGAGUCAAGGAUAACACCACUUCUUUGCAGA